GAAAUUUUAUUUUUAGUAAAAAAAAAAAUAACAAACUCUCUGUUAAUUUUUCUUCUCUCUUUUAUUCCUCCUCUUCUUUUUCUAAUUCCUUUAAUACCCUUCAAAAUUAUAUGUAUUCAUUUUCUGCAAUCAAAUCCUAUUUUUUCUUUUUCAAAGUUCUUUUAUUUUUCUUUUCCUUUUUAUUCUCUUCUUGUUAUCCUUUUGUUUUUGUUUUAUGUUUUUGAAAUUUCUUCCCCUUUUUCUCGCGUAAGAUGUAUGUGCUUUAACUUUUUCUUUUUUUCUUUUUUUUUAUAAUAUUUGUAGGUUUUGGGGCUUACAAUUAGAAGCGGCCCAAUUUAUAAGAAAGCCCAGACAACAUGUUCAAGCACCCAUUACCAACAUCAACACGAUAAGCUCGAAGAAGACACCGCCUAUGGGACUACCACGUGUUGAACGCCGAAAAACACGUGUUGAAUUUGUAACACUUAGGGACUCGCCCGUGUCACAAUUACAUGAACACACGUGCGAAACUUAGACCCAGUCCACAGUACAUCAUGACAUACAUACAUUUUUUUUUUGGCUACGUCCUUCUCUUUUUUGCCAUGACCCCUCUCUUUGCUUUGCUCUUGGAUCCAUCUUCUUGCUCUCUCAACUGAAAUAGUCCAUCAUAUAAACUAACCCUACACAUUUAAGCAAAACAAAACUCAAGAAGAAGUGAAAGGAAAAUGUCGGGUGCUACCCUCGCUGUUGCGCCUAGAACCGAGCCUGACCAAACCGGCACCUCCGCCACAAAAUCCCCACCGAAGCCCGUACAACGCCGCCAAGACCCGCUUCAAUCGAUGGUGGGGGGUGUAAUGGGAUCAUUGCGUGUGAUAGAACUCCAACUAGUAGCCUUCAUCAUGGUUUUCUCAGCCAGCGGCCUUGUCCCACUCAUAGACCUCAUCUUCCCGGCCUUCACCUCUGCCUACCUCCUCGCCCUCUCACGACUAGCCUUUCCCGCGCACGGUAGGACCACCGAAUCGCAGGAAAUAUUCGAAGGAAGCAGACUCUUCCGAUUCUACGUGAUCCUUGGAACCACCAUAGGGCUGUUCCUGCCACUGGCAUAUGUAUUGGGUGGCUUCGCGAGGGGUGAUGAGCACGCAGUCCGAUCAGCUACCCCUCACUUGUUCCUGCUUUCGUUUCAGAUACUGACCGAGAAUAUCAUAAGUGGGUUAUCGUUGUUUUCUCCACCGGUGAGGGCAUUGGUGCCGUUGCUUUAUACCACCAGGAGGUUGUUUGUGAUGACCAAUUGGAUAACCGAUGUCUGGCUUAACAAGACUCUGCCUGCAAAUGCACAAAUCAAGGACAUUGCGUGGCAUUGGUUCGGGAAGAGCUUGGCAGUUGCAAAUUUUGUGUACUUCUCCAUCAAUCUUUUUGGUUUCUUGAUUCCUCAAUUCCUCCCGAGGGCAUUCGAGAGGUAUUUCAGAGAGAGGGACGAGAUACAGUCGAAAAUGGCAGAGGACAAGCGUUCGGCCGCUGCAAACAAGUCACAACCAGUAGAAAAGAAAGCAACUGCUGCUGCUGCAAACAAUUCACAAGCUGCGGAUAAGAAAUCUGACUAAUUGACUCUGUUUCCUCACAGAAACACCAUUUGUAGUUGUUGUCUAUCUUUAACUUUGCUUUCUUGAACUCCUCACUACUCCUUUUUGAAGUUUGGUUUGUUGUAUUACACUCUGGCCUUCUUGCUAAUCAAAUU